UUAUUUAUUUCCAGCUAGAAAUGCUUCAUCAAAUUCUUCAAAUUCUUCCGAAGAUAGAAUUCCAACUAAAACACAAUGGACAAGAUCUAAACCAAUUGAUUUAUCUAAAAGAUUACCAUUAUUUGAUAUUGAUACUUCUAAUAUUAUAAGUGGAACUAGACAUCGUAAUAAUAUUGAUUAUCAUCAUGCAAAUUUAAAUGGUAAACAAAUUUCAGUGAAAAGAUCUUCGAAAAAUUCAAUUGAAAAGAGAGCUAAACAACAAUCGAACACCACAACUAAGAAGAUUACCAAAUCGAAAAAGAUGUAA